AUGUGGCGAUUGCUGUGUUUGGCUAUAGUUUUUCACCUGGCAGUGGCAGUAUUUGGAGAAGACGUUGUGGUGACGACGAAACUUGGAGACAUCAAGGGACUUUCUGGCAAAGUGCGCUUUAGAGGGAAGACGCACGUGUUGAAGAAAUUCCUUGGCGUCCCGUUCGCGCAACCACCUCUGAAAGAGAUGCGAUUCAAGCCCCCUCGUGCACCUGCUCCCUGGAAACCAGACCUUUACAAUGCCACCUAUUACCGUCACACCUGCAUGCAGGAAAAACUGGAUAGAGACGAAAUGCAGAAGCAAAUACCUGGCUUCAAAAACUUUAGUGAAGAUUGCUUGUAUCUGAAUAUUUUUACAACAUAUGAUUUUACAGACAGUUCCAGUUUGCCUCACCCAGUCAUGGUAUUCAUCCAUGGCGGCAGCUACGUGGCGGGGUCAGCACAGACAAUACUGGGAGAUGUACUACCACUGAAGGGCGUGGUCUUGGUUGUGAUUCAGUACAGGUUAGGGGCUUUUGGAUUUCUGAGUACUGGUGACCAUCAUGCCCCAGGUAAUACUGGCCUCCUUGACCAGACCAUGGCCUUGAAGUGGGUCAAGGACAACAUAGGUCACUUCGGUGGUGACACUGACCGGGUGACCAUCUUUGGUCAGAGUGCAGGGGCCUCUUCUAUUGGACUCCAUCUGGUGUCGAGUAAAUCGAAAGGUCUCUUCCACCAAGUGAUAAUGCAGAGCGGGGUGGACCUAAGUCCAUGGGCCAUCCAUGGUGUGCAUAGUGCUCUCCACACCAGUAAAGAAUUGGGGCGCAUGGUCGGCUGCCCAACACACCUCAACGUGCUACUCGUGGAAUGUCUUCGGAAGGUGGAUGCUCAAGAGAUUGCUGAUUUCAUCUCUGAUUCUCACCAGGGCAGUGACCCCCUAGAUCUACCAUGGUCCCCUGUAGUCCAGGGAGAAGGGGAAGAAUCAUUUCUGGUUGAUGAUCCUAAAGUGCUGAGAGAAAAUGGAAGGUUCCACCGUGAUGUGAGAGUAAUGGCGGGAUUUACCAGUGACGAAGGGGCUGCAAUCAUACAGAGUAUAGCUGACCAGUUUAACAUGGCAGAACUUCUCCGAGAAGAAAAGAUCAGUCAGACUGCUCUGGGGUCUCUCCUUCACCACUAUUUCCCCAUCAAGAAUGGCAUCCUGGCUGGAGAGGUCUACAACACCAUAGCACGCGGGUACCAGAACACAUCUGAUGGCGUGGAGACAGGGGUCUACAGACAGGGAAUGGUGGAUAUCCUGACAGACUAUAUGUUUGCUGCCCCUGCCCACCAGGUUCUGCGCCAUCACAGUCAGCACAAUGAGACCUUCAUGUAUGUGUUUGGGUACAGAUCACCUAAUAUUAGGACCAAUUUCUGGAUGGGCACCACCCACAAUGAUGACCUGCCCUUUGUGUUUGGCCUUCCUUUUCACACAACCAAAAUGAGGCAUAAUUGCUCGACCUUGGACAGCGCCCUCUACAGUAAGUUCUGCAGGGGGAAAAGGACACAGAUUUUCUCUGACUACGUGUGCACACACAGAAAUUGGUCAUUCUGUAACGAGUACGAUCACAGGAUGGGGCAUUCUAACAUAGACUAUGCAAUCAUCCCCCAGCAGUACGAGAAAUUCGACCACGAGGACAGGAUCAUUAGUGACUAUGUUAUGGAGCUCUGGACCAAUUUUGCGAAAUUUGGGCAUCCCACGCCACCAAAGACAGCCAACGCCACCUAUAGUCAGCACAGUGAGAUUGUCGAGUGGCACCUUUUUUUAAAUCUAACACCUCGGAGGAAGACUCGCACUAUCUUCAUAUAGACACACAGACUGUUAUGAAGACUGGACUGAGAGCAGAGAACAUGGCUUUCUGGACUCAAACAUUCCCCUCUAUCAAGGAUAAGUAUGUUGAAUUUGCACCAGUCAUCCACGAGCAAGAUGAAAGCACCACUAAUGACCUGCUGAAGAUUCUGCCAUUCCUGGCUGGAGGCUUCCUGUUUGUGCUCAUAGUAACCGUUGUCUUGGUAACACACAGGCGACAGCAGCCAAAACCUUCCAGGCAAAACAGCUACAACAGAGACAAUAGCAAGACGGUGGCGACACCUAUCUUGACAUAUGCAUCGUACGAUGUGUAUGAGAAUGCUGAAUCUGUGUAAAAUGGAAAGGAUGCUGUGAUGAUAAAAGAAUUAUGUAUUUAUCUUUAUUUAAUUGUGUUGAAUGUGGAGAAAUAAUGCCAUCUACUUUAAAUUAUGUGUUGUGUAAAAAGAUAUAUAUAUAUAUAGUAUAUAACAUGUAUUGUGAUAAAGGGGGGGGGUGCACAAAUACAUGUAGCAUUGAAGUAAUUAUUGUUUACCUCAUGCAAAUUUACAACUGGAGUUCUUAAAAAUAAGAAUAACGAUACCACUACAGUCAUUCUGCUUUGACAUCGCCAAUUGUCAGAGAAGAUACAUGGAGCAACUCAUCGCCUACAACUAGAAUUGAUUUUGAUUGAAAAAAUCUUAUGUAAUGAAUAUUUUCCUUGGCUUUGACUGAAAUUGGUAUGAACAUUACUCAACUCAAGUCUCCAUAACUCUAACAAUUAAUUUUUCCAGUGUCAGAGUUUUACAGAUUAUAUUACUAGGAACUAACCGUACGUAUCUUUUAAGAUAUUUAAAAACAUCAAAUAUUUGUUGUGAUAUUUAAAGGGUAAAGUGUAAAUAUUGAGAAUAUUUUAAAAAGAGACUGUGGUAAGCACUUUAUAUUGUCAUGUUAUCUGUUGUUAAAAGUGGUGGUUUUAAAUUUGAUAGAUUUAUGACAUAAGUCUGCAAACACUAGUGGGCUAGAUUUGGUCUUAAAGUGCAAUUUAAGUUCACAAGUGAUCUUACACGAUCUUAAUCAU